AUGAGUUUUAGUCAUGAGUAAUUGAUGAAGAUAUUAAAUAAUGAAUCCUUUCAAUUAUCAGAACCUACCACCCCAUAAGUAUAACCUAAAGAAGAUGAAACUUAAUUAUUAUAGAAGUAGUUGUUGGAAUUAGUAUAGCAAAACUAGUAAUUUAAUAGUUAACUAACAUAAAUUAAGGAUUAGAUUACUAAAUAGGAUUUGAUAUAUUAAAACUUGACAAAAACUUAAUAAAGAUUAGAGAAUCAAUUACAAGAAUAAAUGUAAAAAAAAAAAAAAUUAUAAGAAGAAUGUGAUUUAAAAGAUUAAGAAGAAAAAGAAUUAAUAAAGUAAGUAUCAACCACUAGACCUAAAAAAAGAUUAUUUACAUAAUAAAGUGUUGGCAAGGUAAUAAAUUAUAAUGUGACGUAUAAUAAUAAUUAAAAGAAAAAUUCAGUUAUUGUGUCAAUAAAAAAGUGA